AUGGUACCCGCCUACCGGGCCAGUAUCGUUGAUGGCUAUGCCAUUAUUGCAGCAAAUCCCAACGAAGUGACGGUAGAUGCUGUGAGACCCAUGCCUGAAAUGAUUGCCCGUCACCCAAGCCACUGCGACCUGAUAGACCGUUUUUCCAUUGGAAAGGGCUGCUUCCACACAAGCGAUUGCUUCGCCGGUAUCCUUUUUCUUGAUGACAAUUUGCACGUCCGCAUCUUACUUUGCCUUGAUACAGCUUUACUGAGUGACUUUAUCGACUUAAAGAGCCUCACUCCGAUUGGUGCAUCCAACUCACAGCGCAGUAUUAAGCCCCGUUCCGCGCAGAAGAAGGCCAGCAACACUGAGAUCCUGGAUGACGCUUCCUUCAAGGCUACUGUUGGUGGUGACAAGAACGUUCUGGUUGCCUUCACUGCGCCGUGGUGUGGCCGUGAGUAG